UGGUGGUGGGGGAGUACCACUGAUGAGAGGAGGGAAGCUUUUAGUGCACAUUCCAGCCAUUAGCUGAAUACCGUUAAAUACGCGGACAGGCUUUCUCCUCCCUCGUGUGGAAGCCUAGUGUGGUGUGCUUCAGACUCCUGCAGUAAUGUCACAGCGGAGUGGGCAGGAGGAUCCGGAGAGGUACCUGUUUGUGGAUCGUGCUGUGGUCUAUAACCCGGCUGCACAGGCUGAUUGGACUGCCAAGAGGCUAGUAUGGAUCCCCUCAGAACGCCAUGGUUUUGAAGCUGCCAGUAUUUGUGAGGAGCGUGGUGAUGAGGUGAUGGUGGAGCUGGCAGAGAAUGGAAAGAAGGCAGUGGUGAACAAGGAUGACAUACAGAAGAUGAAUCCACCCAAAUUCAGUAAAGUGGAAGACAUGGCUGAGCUUACCUGCCUAAAUGAGGCCUCUGUCUUGCACAACCUUAAAGACCGUUACUAUUCUGGCCUCAUUUACACAUACUCUGGUCUCUUCUGUGUGGUUAUAAAUCCCUACAAAAACCCGCCAAUCUAUUCUGAGAACAUUAUUGAGAUGUACAGAGGCAAAAAGAGACAUGAAAUGCCUCCUCACAUCUAUGCCAUCUCUGAGUCUGCUUACAGAUGCAUGUUGCAAGACCGAGAAGACCAAUCCAUUCUUUGCACAGGUGAGUCAGGGGCUGGCAAGACGGAAAAUACAAAAAAGGUCAUUCAAUACCUGGCACAUGUUGCCUCCUCACACAAAGGAAGGAAAGACCACAACAUCCCUAGUGGACACCUCUUGUAUGGUGAAUUGGAACGUCAGCUUUUGCAAGCAAACCCCAUCUUGGAAUCUUUUGGGAAUGCUAAGACGGUGAAAAAUGACAACUCGUCACGUUUUGGGAAAUUCAUCCGGAUUAACUUUGAUGUCACUGGAUAUAUUGUUGGGGCCAAUAUUGAAACUUACCUCCUGGAAAAAUCCAGAGCUAUUCGUCAAGCCAAAGAUGAGCGCACCUUUCACAUUUUCUACCAGCUGCUAGCUGGGGCUGGAGAACACCUCAGAUCGGACCUACUUCUGGAAGGAUUCAGUAACUAUCGUUUCCUGUCCAAUGGAAACAUCCAAAUCCCGGGCCAGCAAGACAAAGACAACUUCCAUGAGACGAUGGAAGCCAUGCACAUAAUGAGCUUUUCCCACGAGGAGAUUUUGGCAAUGCUGAAGGUGGUAUCGUCAGUCCUUCAGUUUGGUAACAUUGUCUUCAAGAAGGAGAGAAACAGUGACCAAGCCUCUAUGCCUGAUAAUACAGCUGCUCAAAAGCUGUGCCAUCUGCUGGGAAUGAAUGUAAUGGAAUUUACAAGAGCGAUUCUGUCUCCAAGGAUUAAAGUUGGAAGAGACUAUGUCCAGAAAGCACAGACUAAAGAGCAGGCUGACUUUGCAGUGGAGGCCCUGGCUAAAGCAACAUAUGAGCGUCUGUUCCGAUGGCUGGUUCAUCGCAUUAAUAAAGCUCUGGAUAGGACUAAACGACAAGGUGCCUCCUUCAUCGGCAUUCUGGAUAUUGCCGGUUUUGAGAUCUUCCAGUUGAACUCAUUUGAGCAGCUUUGCAUCAAUUAUACAAAUGAGAAACUGCAGCAGCUCUUCAACCACACAAUGUUCAUCCUUGAGCAGGAAGAGUACCAAAGGGAGGGUAUCGAAUGGAGCUUCAUUGACUUUGGCCUUGAUCUGCAGCCCUGUAUUGAUCUUAUUGAGAGACCGGCAAACCCUCCAGGAGUAUUGGCUUUGUUGGAUGAGGAGUGUUGGUUUCCCAAGGCCACAGACAAGACAUUUGUUGACAAGCUUAUCCAGGAACAGGGAACACACACAAAGUUCCAGAAGCCUCGUCAGCUCAAAGAUAAGGCUGACUUCUGCAUCAUCCACUAUGCUGGCAGGGUGGACUACAAGGCAGACGAGUGGCUAAUGAAGAAUAUGGACCCCUUGAAUGACAAUGUAGCUACACUUCUACAUCAGUCAGCGGACAAAUUUGUGGCUGAACUAUGGAAAGAUGAGAUUCAGAUCAUUCAAAGGGCUUCUUUCUAUGACAGUGUCUCUAGUCUGGAUGAGCCGGCAGUGGACCGGAUAGUUGGCCUGGACCAAGUGGCAGGAAUGAAUGAAACUGCUUUUGGUGCCACGUACAAAACAAAAAAAGGCAUGUUUCGUACAGUGGGACAGCUUUACAAGGAGUCCCUCAGCAAGCUGAUGGCCACACUGAGGAAUACCAACCCCAACUUUGUCCGCUGCAUCAUUCCUAACCAUGAAAAAAGGGCUGGUAAACUGGAACCUCAACUGGUUCUAGACCAGUUAAGGUGUAAUGGAGUCCUAGAGGGGAUUCGCAUCUGUAGACAAGGCUUUCCCAACCGCAUUGUCUUCCAGGAAUUCCGACAGAGAUAUGAGAUCCUCACUCCCAAUGCUAUUCCCAAGGGAUUCAUGGAUGGGAAGCAGGCCUGUGAGAGAAUGAUCCAAGCUCUGGAGCUAGAUCCCAACCUGUACCGUAUUGGCCAAAGUAAGAUUUUCUUUAGAGCUGGUGUUUUGGCCCACUUGGAAGAGGAGAGAGAUCUGAAGAUCACUGACAUAAUAAUCUACUUCCAGUCUGUUUGCCGUGGCUAUUUGGCUCGGAAGGCAUUUACCAAGAAGCAGCAGCAGUUAAGUGCCCUGAAGGUGCUCCAGAGGAAUUGUGCUGCCUACUUGAAACUGCGACACUGGCAGUGGUGGAGACUGUUCACCAAGGUGAAGCCUCUGCUGCAGGUAACCAGACAGGAGGAGGAGCUGCAAGCUAAAGAUGAGGAGCUGGUAAAGGUGAAAGAAAAACAGCUCAAAGUUGAGAACGAGCUCAUAGAGAUGGAAAGGAAACAUCAACAGCUCGUGGAAGAGAAGAACAUUCUAGCAGAGCAGCUCCAGGCAGAGACGGAGCUGUUUGCUGAGGCUGAAGAGAUGAGAGCCCGUCUGGCUUCUCGAAAGCAAGAGCUGGAGGAAAUACUUCAUGACCUUGAAUCUAGGGUGGAAGAAGAGGAAGAGCGAAACCAGAGCUUGCAGAAUGAGAAGAAAAAGAUGCAGUCACACAUCCAGGACCUGGAGGAGCAGCUAGAUGAGGAGGAAGCUGCCAGACAGAAGCUGCAGCUGGAUAAAGUGACCGCAGAGGCUAAGAUCAAGAAGAUGGAGGAGGACAUCCUGCUACUGGAGGACCAGAACUCAAAGUUCACCAAGGAGAAAAAGCUCCUGGAGGACAGGAUCAAUGAGAUGAGCUCCCAGCUGACCGAGGAGGAGGAGAAGGCAAAGACCCUUGGGAAAGUUAAGAACAAGCAGGAGAUGAUGAUGGUUGACCUGGAGGAGCGCUUGAAGAAGGAGGAAAAAACCCGCCAGGAGCUAGAAAAGGCCAAACGCAAACUGGAUGCUGAGACAUCUGACCUGCAGGACCAGAUUGCUGAGCUCCAGGCCCAAAUAGAGGAGCUAAAGAUCCAGCUUGCCAAGAAGGAGGAGGAGCUACAGACUGCUCUUGCCAAGAGUGACGAGGAGGCAGCCCAGAAGAACAACGCCUUGAAGCAAGUUCGGGAGCUACAGGCCCAGCUUAGUGAACUCCAGGAAGAUCUAGAGUCAGAGAAAAUGUGUCGGAGUAAAGCCGAGAAACUCAAGAGGGACCUGAGUGAGGAGUUAGAAGCUCUGAAGACGGAGCUGGAGGACACGCUAGAUACCACGGCCGCCCAACAGGAGCUCAGGACCAAGAGAGAACAAGAGGUGGCUGAGCUAAAGAAGGCAAUAGAAGAGGAGACCAGAAACCAUGAGGCCCAGAUCCAGGAAAUGAGACAGAGGCAUGGUACAGUGUUGGAGGAACUCUCUGAACAGUUCGAUCAGGCCAAGAGAUUCAAGGCCAACCUAGAGAAGAACAAGCAGAGCCUGGAGAGUGAGAACAAGGAGCUGGUCACUGAGGUGAAGUGUUUGCAGCAGGCAAAGACAGAGUCAGAAUAUAAGAGGAAAAAACUGGAGGCCCAGCUUCAGGAGUUCAUGGCCCGAGCUACUGAGGUAGAGCGGGCCAGAGGAGAGUUAGCGGAACGCUCACACAAACUGCAGACUGAGCUGGACAGUGUGUCCGCCCUGCUGGACGUGGCAGAGAAGAAAAGCAUCAAGCUAGCCAAAGAUGCUGACAGCUUGGAAAGCCAACUACAAGAUACGCAAGAGUUGUUACAGGAGGAGACGCGUCAGAAGCUCAACCUGAGCAGUUGUAUCCGCCAGCUGGAGGACGAGAAGAACACAUUGCUGGAGCAACAGGAGGAGGAUGAGGAAGCACGGCGCAACCUUGAGAAGCAGCUGCAGACUGCACAGGCUCAGCUCUUUGAUACAAAGAAGAAGCUCGAGGAAGAUGUUGGGAUGAUGGAAGGCCUCGAGGAGGUGAAGCGAAAACUCCAGAAGGACAUGGAGCUGACCAGCCAGUGCCUGGAGGAGAAGGUCAUUGGUAUGGACAAGAUGGAGAAGACCAAGAACCGGCUGCAGCAGGAGCUAGAUGAUUUAAUGGUGGACCUGGAUCACCAGAGACAGAUUGUGUCCAACCUGGAGAAGAAGCAGAAAAAGUUUGACCAGUUGCUGGCAGAGGAGAAGACCAUUUCCGCUCGUUAUGUUGAGGAGCGUGACCGUGCUGAGGCGGAGGCUAGGGAGAAGGACACUAAGGCGCUGUCUAUGGCCAAAGCUCUAGAGGAGGCCUUGGAGGCCAAAGAGGAGCUUGAGAGGAUUAACAAACAGUUGCGUGCUGAAAUGGAGGACCUGAUGAGCUCCAAAGAUGAUGUGGGCAAGAACGUCCAUGAACUAGAGAAGUCAAAGCGCACACUGGAGCAGCAGGUGGAGGAGAUGAGAACUCAGCUUGAGGAGCUGGAGGACGAGCUACAGGCCACAGAGGAUGGCAAGCUGCGCCUGGAGGUCAACAUGCAGGCAAUGAAGGCCCAGUUUGACCGUGACCUGCAGGCCAGAGAUGAGCAGGGAGAGGAGAAGAAGAGAGCGUUGGUCAAACAGGUCCGUGAGAUGGAGGGGGAGCUGGAGGAUGAGCGCAAGCAGAGGGCGUUAGCUGUGGCUGCCAAGAAGAAGCUGGAAAUGGACCUGAAUGAAUCAGAAGGACAUGUUGAAGCCGCAAACAAAGGCAGGGAUGAGGCCAUCAAACAGCUACGGAAACUACAGGCCCAGAUGAAGGACUAUCAGAGAGAGUUGGAGGAGGCCAGAGCCUCCAGAGAUGAGAUCUUCACACAGUCCAAAGAGAAUGAGAAGAAACUCAAGAGCCUUGAAGCUGAAAUCUUACAGCUGCAAGAGAACCAUGCAGCAUCAGAGAGGGCGCGCCGCCAUGCUGAACAGGAAAGAGAUGAGCUGGCUGAUGAGAUCUCCAACAGUGCCUCAGGAAAGUCGUCAUUGCUGGAUGAGAAGAGGAGGCUGGAAGCUCGAAUCACACAGCUUGAGGAGGAACUGGAGGAGGAGCAGGGAAAUAUGGAGCUGCUCAACGACCGCUUCAAAAAAGCUAACAUGCAGCUGGACACUCUGAACACGGAGCUGGCUGGUGAGCGCAGCGCUGCACAGAAGAGUGAAAAUGCAAGACAGCAGAUGGAGCGACAGAACAAGGAUUUGAAAACGAAACUGGGUGAGCUGGAAGGUGCUGUCAAGUCCAAAUUUAAGGCCUCCAUCACAGCUCUGGAGGCCAAAGUCCUGCAGCUGGAGGAGCAGCUGGAACAAGAAGCAAAGGAGCGAGCAGCUGCAAACAAAAUUGUUCGCCGUACGGAGAAGAAACUGAAGGAAGUGAUGAUGCAGGUGGAGGAUGAGCGUCGUCAUGCUGACCAGUACAAAGAACAGAUGGAGAAAGCAAACUCUCGUAUGAAACAGCUGAAGCGACAGCUCGAGGAGGCAGAGGAGGAGGCCACUCGGGCCAACGCCUCCCGCAGGAAGCUGCAGAGGGAGUUGGAUGAUGCUACUGAGGCCAGUGAAGGCCUCACCCGGGAGGUCAACUCUCUGAAGAACCGCCUCAGGCAUGGGGGCCCCAUCAGCAGCUUCUCCUCCAGCCACUCAGGCCGCCGCAACCUCAAUCUGGAUGGUGCUUCUGUAGAGUCAGACGAUGAUGCCGACAGCCGUGCCAGUGACUUCAAUGAGACGCAAACUUCCGGUGUCGAGUAAGAGCAGAAACCUCCUCUCCCCUCUCCUCACUCUGUGACCAGCACCCAGUCGGCCCGCCAUCUAUUCCAUUUCAACUCGCCCAACGGCAGCUCCAAGUGGCGAGAUGUGUUCAGUGAAGCCCGGUAGACUGUAAUCCUCGUUUUGUAUCAUUUUUCUCUGCCGGUUACUAAAAAGAAAUUAUGAAUUUAAAAAAAGUCUCUGCUCCCGGCGAGUUACAGGAGAUGCUCUGCCUUACUGUCACGCUGCUCGUCCGCUUCAUCUGCCCCUCCCUCUCCUUUCCAAAGGAGUGAACGUCUGCGGUCUGCUUAACGAGAAAGUAUUUGUAGCUACAAAGUGCUUUUUAUACCUGUAAAGUAUUACGGUGUGGCGGCUAUCUGAUUUAUACUGGAAUUGCAGGAUUGCAAGGAACUUUGUGUGCUCAAAAAAAAUAAUUAAAGUCUCUUUUAAACCUCA